AUGGCUAUAUUUUGUCGUCAACAUACAAAGCCAACAUCAAAUGAACGAGCAUUCUGUCAAGCAUUGCUCAACAAUGAAAAUCCUAUUUGGGAUGAUAACGAUAUAUGCAAAAUACGUAAACGAGGUUUUUAUUUGCCUCCUGACAAUUUUGUUUAUGGUCUCAAACAUCCAAAACAGAAUGGUAUUACUGGUGUAGCUGCAGGCAAAUAUUCGAUCGAUUCUUGA